UAUCAAUUUGUUUUUAUAGCCCACUUGAUGAAGAAGGUAUUGGGAUUGACGAAUAUGUUGUCACAUUUCUUGCAACAAAAAGAUCAGAACAUUCUUGAGGCUGUGAGCUUGAUUAAAAGCACUAAAGAGAAGUUCCAAGAUUUGAGAGAAAGUGGAUGGGAAGAGCUAUUAGAAGAUGUCAGUAAAUUUUGUGUGAAGAAUAAAAUUGACAUUCUAAACAUGGAAGAUACAACUCAUCGUUCUAGACGCGUUCGCCAUCCGGUAACAAAUUAUCAUCACUUUCGAGCUGAUAUUUUUUAUCAGGUUAUAGACCAGGUCAAUCUGGAAAUGGAGAAUCGCUUUAGUGAGUCAAAUACAGAUUUACUCGCUUGUUUAGCUUGCCU